AUGUACCCCAGGUUUGUGAAGGAGGCCACUGAGUGCAGUGCCGCCUGUGCCGCAGAGCUGAAAGCGAAGAAUGUCAAGAAGUAUGAGAAGAAGGACAAUCACACGAAGGGUCGCGAUGCCAACAAGAAGGACAAUCACACGAAGGGUGAUGAUACCAACAAGAAGCGCAAACAUGAGGGCUCAGCAAAAGAUGAGGCAAAUGCCAAGGUUGCAUCUUACAGGGCUUCUAUUCGCACAGCCCGUGGGGUGGUGCAGGACUUGGGUGAAAAGGCGUGUGCUGCAUCAGGAGGCCUUGUUGAGCUGAGCCGGGUCCGUGAAGACCACUCAGAAAGAGAUGGCCACAGAAUUUUGACUGAACACAAACUUGCCCUACCAAUCCCGAUCAGCCCUCUUCAGAAGACUCCUGGCACACGGUAUUCGGGUGAGAUUGGUUUUUUGCGAUUGCGUGACUGGUUGCAGUUUAUGGCUGACUACAACUGUCUCCAUAUCCUUGUUGGCCUAGAGAGGCCUGACCGAAGCAGAGAAAAGGCUAUUUUGGGAGAGUUUUGGAGACUAUAUAGACAGCUUCACCCAAGUCAUGAACUUUGGCACCUGUGUGAUACAGGUGUCAUUGCAGACCUUACGGGAUGUUACCCCAUGCUGCUCCAUGGCGACGAAGGUCGUGGCAAGAAGCGAUCUCCCUUUCUGGUCCUCGCUUGGCACUCUUACAUUGGAAAAGGCACCCAUCUAUCCAACGAGCUUCGAAAAAAGAAGACAUACUUGCAAAUGCGCCUGAACUACGCUGGCAAUACACACACCCACCGUUUCAUUACUGGUGCUUUGCCCAAGAUGACGAAAGACAAUGUUGCUUAUCAAGACCUGGUGCGAGCAAUAAGUGAGGACAUCUGCGACCUGACGCACAAAGGCAUCACAGACUCAGAGGGAAACCGCUUCUAUGCAGUGUGUCUUCAGGUGGUUGGAGACUGGCAGUUUUUGGCAAAGUGCGGCAAUUUAAGCCGCAGCUUCGCCAACGUCGAGAAGCGGCCUCGUGGAGUUUCUUCUGUUUGUCGUGGCAUUUGCCACCUUUGCAAAGCUGGCCAGCAGGAUGUGCCCUUUGAGGAUUUCAGGCCUGGUGAUGUUCCAAAGUGGAAGCAAACUCUUUUUACAGAGCCUGGUUGGGACAGGGACAAGGUGCCAGCCAUGGCUUGCAUUCCACAUAUAUUGCAUUGUCCUGAGGCAAUAUUUGCAUAUGACAUGUGGCAUUGCUACCAUCUUGGUGUAGCCAAGACAUUCUUGGCGGGUGUCCUCGCGUUGAUGAGCGACUGCAUGAUAGGAUCAAGUAUAGAUUUGCGGUUCGAGGUGCUCUCGAACCAAUUCUUGGAUUGGGCAGACGCGCAACAUCAGACUUCAUACCUGCAGGGUAUUACCAAGGAGACCAUCGGCUGGCCCGAUCGCAGCACUUAUGCCAAUGGGCAAUGGUCUAAGGGCCACAUUUCGACUUGCCUGGGCAAAUUUGUCAAGCAUUGGUUGGAAACAGAAGACCUUGCAGGGCAGCCACUCUUGCAAAAGAGCUUUGAGGCCAUCGAGUGCAUUGAUGCUUGCAUUGACGAGCUUUAUGGGUCGGACCUCUGGUUGAAGUCGGAGAGAGCGUUGAGCAUUGGUUUGCAGGGGGAGCGUUUUCUUCAUUGCUACAUGAAUCUGGCAACCAUGUGCUUCAACCAAGGCAUUUUCCUUUUCCCAUAUAUGCCCAAGGCCCACCCUUUAGCCCAUGUGUUUGCAGAGCUCAUCAGCCAUGGCCGAAAUCCUGCUUUGAAGUGGACGAAGAUUUCAUCGGACGUCAAAGCAGAGUUGCUCGCAGGGUGGGGCCAUCACAAGUUGUGCAGCGAGUUUUACAACGUGCCCUUCUCGCUGCGCAUUAUCAUUGGUCGAAGUGUGGGUACAUUGUAA